AGUUCGCAGGGACAGGGCCGGACCAGGGGUAGGGCCGGGCUCCUCGCCCUCUCCCCGGGCGCCUGCGCACUGGGCGGUCGCUCCUUGCCGUUACCGCUAUGUGCGGAGCGUGUGCGGAAUAACGUUAUUGCCCAGCGGCGCCGAGGGGCCGAGAGCUUGACCGCGGCGGCGGCGGCGGCGACGACGACAGGGUGGGGGAGGACGCUUGCGAGAGACUCACGGGACGCGGCGCGCCCCGCCCCCCCGUCCGGUCCCUCUCAGCAGUGAGGGUGUUUAGCGGAGUUUUACUUGGAGAAUGUAAGCUCCUGGAAGACAAGGACAGUGCAUGUCCAAGCAUUGCCAAGGUGAUCAAUAUAAAAUUACUAGCUCACGAUGAAGAAUGGACCAGGAAGGGCCUGACGACGAAGCUGUUUCUGUAGCAGGAAAAUGAACCAGCAGAAUGUUUUUUCAUAGGGCCUUGCAGGAAGGAAUGGGGCCUUAAAGUGAAAAAUGAAUACUGAUGAGAAGCGAGAAGACGGAAAAAACAUGUACGAUGAUGACGUAGCUUUGCCAAAGACUUAGAAGCUAAGCAGAAAAUGAGCUUAACAUCCUGGUUUUUGGUGAGCAGUGGAGGCACUCGCCACAGGCUGCCACGAGAAAUGAUUUUUGUUGGAAGAGAUGACUGUGAGCUCAUGUUGCAGUCUCGUAGUGUGGAUAAGCAACAUGCUGUAAUCAAUUACGAUGCCUCUACUGAUGAACAUUUGGUGAAAGAUUUGGGCAGCCUAAAUGGGACUUUUGUGAAUGAUGUAAGAAUUCCAGAACAGACUUAUAUCACCUUGAAACUUGAAGAUAAGUUGAGAUUUGGAUAUGAUACAAAUCUUUUCACUGUAGUACGAGGAGAAAUGAGGGUCCCUGAAGAAGCUCUAAAGCACGAGAAGUUUACCAUUCAGCUUCAAUUGUCCCAAAAAUCUUCAGAAUCAGAAUUAUUGAAAUCUGCAUGUGCCAAAAGCAUAGAUUCAAAGGUAGCAGAUACCAUGGCAGAAGUGCCGCACAAAGCUACAGAAGCACUAAAAUCUGAGGAAAAAGCCAUAGAUACUUCUGCUAUGCCCCGUGGUACUCCAUUAUAUGGGCAGCCAUCAUGGUGGGGGGAUGAUGAGGUGGAUGAACAAAGAGCUUUCAAGUCAAAUGGCAAACCUGAAGAGAAAAAUCGUGAAACUGGAACAUCAGGGUGCAGCAUAGAUGCCAAGCAAGUUGAGGAACAAUCUGCAGCUGCAAAUGAAGAAGUACUUUUUCCUUUCUGUAGGGAACCAAGUUAUUUUGAAAUCCCUACAAAAGAAUUUCAGCAACCAUCACAAAUAACAGAGAGUACUAUUCAUGAAAUCCCAACAAAAGACACACCAAGUUCUCAUACGACAGGUGCAGGGCAUGCUUCAUUUACCAUUGAAUUUGAUGACAGUACCCCAGGGAAAGUAACUAUUAGAGAUCAUGUGACAAAAUUUACUUCUGAUCAGCGCCACAAAUCAAAGAAGUCUUCUCCUGGAGCUCAAGACCUGCCAGGGAUUCAAACUGGAAUGAUGGCACCGGAAAACAAAGUCGCUGACUGGCUAGCACAGAACAACCCUCCUCAGGUGGCAUGGGAAAGAUCAGAAGAAGAUUCCAAAAGUAUUAAAAGUGAUGUUCCAGUUUACUUAAAAAGGUUGAAAGGAAAUAAACAUGAUGAUGGUACACAGAGUGACUCAGAAAAUGCUGGGGCUCACAGGCGCUGUAGCAAACGUGCAACUCUUGAGGAGCACUUAAGGCGCCACCAUUCAGAACAGAAAAAGCUACAGAAGGCCCAGGCUACUGAAAAGCAUCAAGACCAAGCUGUUACUAGCUCUGCGCACCACAGAGGGGGGCAUGGUGUUCCACAUGGGAAAUUGUUAAAACAGAAAUCAGAGGAGCCAUCGGUGUCAAUUCCCUUCCUACAAACUGCAUUAUUAAGAAGUUCAGGGAGUCUGGGGCACAGACCAAGCCAGGAGAUGGAUAAAAUGUUAAAAAAUCAAGCUACUUCUGCUGCUUCUGAAAAGGAUAAUGAUGAUGACCAAAGUGACAAGGGUACUUAUACCAUUGAGUUAGAGAAUCCCAACAGUGAGGAAGUGGAAGCAAGAAAAAUGAUUGACAAGGUAUUUGGAGUAGAUGACAAUCAAGAUUAUAAUAGGCCUGUUAUCAAAGAAAAACAUAAAGAUCUGGUAAAAGAUUGGGCUCUCAAUUCUGCUGCAGUAGUAAUGGAAGAAAGAAAGCCACUGAGUACACCUGGAUUUCACAGCUCAGAGUCUCAGAACUGUGAGCAGCUCCCACGAAACCUUGGAGGAAAUUCAAAGAUUCAGCAGACUUUGGUACCCUUAGGCUUCACUGAAGGCACAUCUUCAUCUGGAAACAAGCGUUGGGUUUCACAGUGGGCUAGUUUGGCUGCCAAUCAUACAAGGCAUGAUCAAGAAGAAAGGAUAAUGGAGUUGUCUGUACCUGUUUCUUUAGAGAAUGAUACAGAUAUCAGUGAAUCUGGCCUUUCAGUGAGAAGUACUGGCUCAGCAACUUCCUUGGCUAGUCAGGGAGAGAGAAAGAGACGAACCCUUCCCCAGCUUCCAAAUGAAGAGAAGUCUCUUGAGAGCUCCAGAACAAAGGUUAUAGCACAGAGGUCAGAGAUAGGAGAAAAACAAGACACGGAACUUCAGGAGAAAGAAGCACCUACACAGGUAUACCAGAAAGAUAAACAGGAUGCUGAGAGAGCCCUGAGUAAAAUGAACAGGGCAGUAAAUGGUGAGACUCUUAAAAGUGGUGGAGAUAAUAAAACCCUGCUUCACUUAGGCAGCUCUUAUUCUGGAAAGGAGAAAAGUGAAACUGAUAAGGAAGCUUCUUUUGUAAAGCAAACAUUAGCUAAAAUCCAGCAACAAGAACAAAAGGAACAGGCACAGUGGACACCUACUAAAUUAUCUUCUUCAAAAAAUAUUUCAGGUCAGAUAGAUAGAUGUAGGGAGGAACCUUUUAAACAGGAGUCACAACCUCAAGAAAAAAUUCCAGGACUUUCUACAAGCAAAGGAGAAAGAGUGAUACAAAACGAGGGUAAACGAAGAAAAGCUGAGGAAAUUCUGAAAAGUCAGACUUCAAAGGGAGGAGACAAGAAGGAAUCCUCCAAGUCAUUAGUGCGGCAAGGAAGCUUCACUAUAGAGAAACCUAGCCCCAACAUACCCAUAGAACUAAUUCCCCAUAUAAAUAAACAGGCUUCAUCUACAUCCUCUUCUUUAGCGUUAACAACUGCCAGCAGAAUACGAGAAAGAAGUGAUUCUAUGGAUACUGAUUCUAGUUUGGACACAACCCUUAUUCUAAAAGACACAGAAGCAGUAAUGGCUUUUCUAGAAGCUAAACUGCGUGAAGAUAAUAAAACUGAUGAAGGCCCAGAUACUCCCAGUUAUAACAGAGACAACUCCAUUUCACCUGAAUCUGAUGUGGACACAGCUAGUACCAUCAGUCUGGUUACUGGAGAGACUGAAAGAAAGUCAACCCAAAAGCGAAAGAGUUUCACUAGUCUCUACAAAGAUAGGUGUUCCACAGGUUCUCCUUCCAAAGAUGUUACAAAGUCAUCAUCUUCAGGUGCUAGGGAGAAAAUUGAAAAGAAAACAAAAAGUCGUUCCACAGACGUAGGUUCUAGGGCAGAGGGUCGUAAAUUUGUGCAGUCCAGUGGAAGAAUAAGGCAGCCUUCAGUAGAUUUAACAGAUGAUGACCAAACCUCUAGUGUACCUCAUUCAGCCAUCUCUGAUGUUAUGUCGUCUGAUCAGGAAACUUACUCUUGUAAAUCUCACGGAAGGACUCCACUUACCUCAACGGAUGAGCAUGCACAUUCCAAACUGGAAGGAAGUAAAGUAACUAAGUCCAAGACUUCUCCUGGAGCACCUGGUGCAUCCAGUAAAUCAACUACUCUCCCAAGGCCACGACCCACCAGGACUUCCCUCUUGCGCAGAGCCCGACUUGGUGAAGCUUCAGACAGUGAACUCGCCGAUGCUGACAAAGCAUCUGUGGCUUCUGAAGUGUCCACGACAAGUUCGACAUCGAAACCUCCCACAGGAAGGCGUAACAUUUCUAGGAUUGAUUUGUUAGCUCAGCCUCGUAGAACAAGGCUUGGCUCAUUAUCAGCUCGCAGUGACUCUGAAGCAACAAUCUCUAGAAGCAGUGCCUCUUCACGGACCGCAGAAGCCAUCAUUAGAAGUGGAGCCAGAUUAGUACCUUCAGAUAAAUUUUCUCCUAGAAUUAGAGCUAACAGUAUCUCUCGACUCUCUGACUCCAAGGUCAAAAGUAUGACCUCAACACAUGGCUCUCCUUCAGUAAAUUCAAGAUGGAGGCGCUUUCCUACUGAUUAUGCUUCCACCUCAGAAGAUGAAUUUGGAUCAAACCGUAAUUCCCCUAAACAUACCCGUCUACGUACUUCUCCAGCCCUGAAAACGACUCGAUUGCAGAGCUCUGGGUCAGCAAUGCCUACUAGUUCUUCAUUCAAACACCGGAUAAAAGAACAGGAAGACUACAUCCGCGAUUGGACUGCUCAUCGAGAAGAAAUAGCCAGGAUCAGCCAAGAUCUUGCUCUCAUUGCUCGGGAAAUCAACGAUGUAGCAGGAGAGAUAGAUUCAGUGACUUCAUCAGGCACUGCCCCUAGUACCACAGUAAGCACUGCUGCCACCACCCCUGGCUCUGCCAUAGACACUAGAGAAGAGGUAGGAGAUCUUCAUGGAGAAAUGCAUAAGUUAGUUGAUCGUGUUUUUGAUGAAAGCCUCAACUUCCGGAAGAUCCCUCCAUUAGUUCAUUCUAAAACACCAGAAGGAAACAACUGUCGGUCUAGUGAUCCAAGACCUCAACCAGCAGAGCCUCCUGAUCACUUAACAAUUACAAGGCGGAGAACCUGGAGCAGGGAUGAAGUCAUGGGAGAUAAUCUGCUGCUGUCAUCUGUCUUUCAGUUUUCUAGGAAGAUAAGACAGUCCAUAGAUAAGACAGCUGGAAAGAUCAGAAUAUUAUUUAAAGACAAAGAUCGGAAUUGGGAUGAAAUAGAAAGCAAGUUAAGAGCUGAAAGUGAAGUCCCUAUUGUGAAAACCUCAAGCAUGGAGAUUUCUUCUAUCUUACAGGAGCUAAAAAGAGUUGAAAAGCAGCUACAAGCAAUCAAUGCUAUGAUUGACCCAGAUGGAACUCUGGAAGCUCUGAACAACAUGGGAUUUUCCAGUGCUAUCUUGCCAUCUCCAUCAAAACAGAAGUCCAGUCCUGUGAAUAACCACAGCAGCCCGGGUCAGACACCGACACUUUGCCAACCAGAAGCUAGGGUUCUUCAUCCUGCUGCUGUUUCAGUCUCAGCUGAAUUUGAGAAUGCCGAAUCUGAGGCUGAUUUCAGUAUACAUUUCAAUAGGUUCAACCCUGAUGGGGAAGAGGAAGAUGUUACAGUACAUGAAUGACUUUCUCUUGCUUGUUAAAAAUAAUUACCUGUGGAAUGACUAGGAAUAUUGGAAGCAGCAUAGUGUUGACUUAUACAAAAUAAGAGAGCUUGGUCAACUACAAUCUUGUUAUCUCUGUCUUCUUAAUUUUAUUUAUUUAUUUUUUAUCUAUAAUGUGGAGUCAUAGUAAUCCUUUCAAACCAUAUAGAUAACCAUUUGAUGCACAUAGAGGAAAAAUCAGAUUGUGACAGUUUCACAUUUUGUGGUUUUAUGAUUUUCAAAUUGAAUUAGAUAAUUGCAUUCUUUCCCUUCAUAGAUCUUUGUUUUUUUUCUUUAAGCCAUGCUGUGACCUACAAGCAAACUAAAUACCCAACAUUUCUGACCCCCAUGUAUCCUGUGCCAAGCUGCUCCCUGAAAUGGACUUCCUCUUCAUCUGUACAGAUUUGUUAAACACUUAUAUUUGCUUCUUAAAUAAUAGGAUUUAUAUUAGUAUUCAUUACCAUUGGAUACAAUGACAUAUUACUCUCCGCAGUCAAACUGACCUUUCAAAACAGUCCUUCUUGUGUUCUAAAAUUUUCCAACAUAUAUGUGAUUUAUAUAACUUUGUUGCUGCGUAAAUUUUCUUGGGGUUUAUGGAGAUGAACUAUUACGUUUGCACUAAGAUUUGCUGGGAGUGGUAGGUGGGCAUAUCUAUAUGUCAGUAAGGACUAACCAUCUUUUUUUUUUUUUGUAUAUAGGAUAUGGAUAACUGUAUUUGUUUUAACCCCACAGUGUUUUACUCCACUUUCAAAAAGAUGAAUUUGGCACUUUUUACCAUUUUUUUUUUUAAUGAAAGUAAGAUUUUGUCUCAUUUUAGGGCAAAUAACUAGAAGGAUUAAACUAGACAGAUAGUUUGGGUGGAGUAUAUUUUUAAAACUAAGAACAUGUAUAUUGGUCCUGUGUUACCAAGUUUAUAUGUGACAGUUGAAAAAAUUUUUCCCUUGAAAUGAUCAUGAAGUUAAAAUUUUUGGCAUUAGGAAACUUGGAGAACCAGUAGUCAUAAGAUUAGUGGAUAGUUUCACUCCCAAGCAAUGAGUUGCUUCUGUGUGUUUCCCUGUAGGACCCAGUAGUAAAUCCUGUCUCAGUCGUGUACAUUUAUAAGGACCCUGCAAGGCGACAACGACCAAGGCUUUGGGCCUGUGCUAAACAGGAAGCUUAUGAAAAGUAUCUUCUAUAAACUUGUUUCUUCUCCUUCCAGUAAGUUCACAUUUGGAUAAGUUUAAAAAGAAAGUAAUUAUCUUUAUGUUUCCAGAACACUAUAAUUUGGGUGUAUCUUAUUAAUUCAGUUAAAUAUUAUUAGUAGACCUUGACCCCAUCAGUCUAUAAAGGUUAAAACUGCAACUUUUGCAACGUUUAUGAAAUACUCUAAUAUUUCAGCAAUAAUCCUGUGCUACAUUUGUUUUAAGAAAGUAGCUCUGUUCACUUCAAAACUUUACAGGAUUUUUUAAAAUCCUGUACUGUUGGGCCAGUUAAAGAUGCAAAAAAACUGUUUUGUAGAGAUGUAAAAACAAAAGUCUGUUGUAUAAUGGAUCUCAUAUUUUUCUUUAAAUUAAAAAAAAAUAGGGUAAAUGGACUGUUCUCCUUGUAAACCUAAAUUCCCAAUUCUGUCUAAUAAAGGAAGACUGAAAAAAUGAUUUUAAAGAGCAUGAAUGGAAAGAUACAAUUGCUUUGAAGAAAUAAGUGAAACAUUAAAACAGGGUCAAUCCAUUUGAAGAAAAAGUAUGACAAAGUAAUCACCACUGUUUCCUCUUUGUUUAAUGUUUGGGUACUGAUUAUAUCAACAUGGAAGUAGAAGGUAAGGAGUUGUUUAGGAAAAUAUUAGCAUCUAUUCUACUUACAUUAUCAUUUAAGUGUUUACACAGUUUUGUUCAAUUACAAACAUUUGGCCUUUUACUAUGUUAUUUUUAUUUUGUAUGAAUACAUUAUUCUCCUUAUUUAUUUUUGUUACCUUUAUUACUUAUGUUAUUUUGUUAUGCAUUUACAACUCCAUUUUUAAAUAAAGUGUUUCUGGAACUUUA